AUGCAAACACGCUGGAUUCGUGUGCCGUUACCGGCCCGCAUCGCCCGUCGACGCUCUGAGAAGCGCGCUUUUUCGACACUUCUGCCGAAGAGGGACAUUCGUGGCCGAGGGACACUUGACUCGAUCGCGCCCCCUCUCCCUCCGAAACAGAAUGCUCAGUAUCAGCACGGUUCACACACCUCGCACUCAGGUUCCGGGCCCAUGGCCCUGCUGGGAGCCGUCCCCCCGGCUCCCCUGGACCCCUUCGUUGCGAUCCAGAGAAGCGCCGCCGGCACCCCCCUCCCACCGUCGGUUCAGACGGAUCUUUCAGCUUACACCCAAACCUGGAAUUGUUCCACUGGCGUCUCCAUGCCAUCCACCGCUUCGAAAAAUAAUGGAUUCUUCAACGACCAUCGUCUCUCGGCAGUUACGCUCGCUCGUGUCACGGGAGCUCCGUCACAGAAAAAACGUUCCUCGGAUCUCAUAGACCUAGACCUGGACUCUCUGCGAGGGACCGGCAACGUGCUGGAUCUAUUUGAUCCGUUGAGAGCGAAUUGUACACCGCCACCUAAAGGACAGAACUUACCUCCACAAAGUGAGAGCAACGUUGACAGACCUCUACCGAAGGAACGGCCCGUGCCCGCGGAACGCGAAAGCCUCCGCAAGAAAGAAGUACCAUCUCCGCCCAUCGUAAUCGAUCCGGAACAAACGAGAACGCAGUCAAGCACCGAUAGCGCCGAUGAACGACGACGUUCGAGUGAGGCGUCGUCGCCAGGAUCGGUGUCGGAAGUCAUCGCGAAGUUUAGCGAAGAGCGUCUGAAGUUCCUUGAAGGUUUCCGAGUGGAAGAGCGCCAACGAUCCGCCAAUCCCGAUGUCGAAGUGUUUUGGAGCAAGUGCAAACAGCUGAGAUCCGAGUUCACUCACGAUGACCACCUCACAAAUGCGGGGCUUAUCGUCUCCCCGACGCUGGAUACUCGGUGGCAGGAACCGAUGAGUGUUCGAAUGGAGAUCUACACCCCGCUCUGUGAAAGCCCCUUCUGCUUCAACUGCGACGUAUCGACAACAAUUCAACAUGUCAUAUCGCAGGUGGUGUGCUCGGCGACCCUGGACGACACGAACAUGGAUAAUUACGUUCUCAAGGUCAAAGGUCGAGCUGAAUACCUCACGGCCGACUCGAUGGUGCGCGAAUACGAGUACUCCCAUUGGUGUGUGAAGUUCGACAAACCGAUCUGCCUGACGCUGGUGAAGAUCGAGGAUCUCCGUCGACCGUGGCAACGGGUGCUCAAAGAUGACGCCGAUUUCCUGGAUGUCAAGAGCUGCGAACUGUCGCCAUCCGACACCAACGUGAAAUUGCACGAUAUCAAAGUAUACAUGGAAACCUUCCGCAACGAAGCGCUUCGGCUGCUGCAACAGCAAUCGGGAACGGUUCGGACAAGCGGAGUGAGUCAGGCAGUGAAGGCCGUCUGCGCGCGGCUCUCUCGAGUCGAGACUCCUGAAAUUCUCCAAGCUAUCGAGGGUCUCGAAAGGUUGUGUGAAGGAGACGUCCCCGACAAGAUUGAAAUGGAACGAAGGCGCGAGGUCGUUUCCUACCAACUCAUCCAGAUCCAGAAGAGCCUCCAGCAGCUGCUGGAAAUCUAUUCCGAAACGUUCCCGGUCGACUUCGUGGUUGUCAGCGAUUCACCCCGACCGAGUCCCGCGAAACUGCCGAAGAAAGAGAUCACUCAUUUCGGAGACACUGUUCUCUUCCGAGUCGGGAGCGUUUGUCAACCGAAGGCCGAGUGGUUGGUUGAACACGAUCGCUUCGUGUUGAAGUGUGAACUCAUCUACGGCUGGAGAAUCAUUCAUCAGGUGGAAACUCAAAACGGUCGCGAGGCCUUGGGAAUUUUCAAGAAGAUCGACUUCGAUGACUUCUUGGAAUUGAGUAUACCGAUGCGCCUCCUUCCCAGAGAAUCUGCUAUUUACGUGACGUUGUAUGGAAUCAAUAGAGAAGACGCGAAUCAGCGGAUGCCGCUCGGCUGGUUCGCCCUCAAUUUGUUCUCGUCGAAGAGGGAACUUAUUCAAGGAACCAAAUUAUGUCCCUUCUGGGACCCUGAGGUGGACCAGAUGAGCGGUCCCACUUGCUGCAACGACUCUCCCGCAGCUCCGCUGCUGGGAAUGCAUUUCACGGAAUUCGACCACAUCGUAUUCUUCCCAAAAGUGUGUCACGAGAAAGCGCCGAAAGUAGAAGUCGAACUGAAUCAAGCCGAGGAACGACGUCUCCGAGAGAUGCUAGACUGCGAUCCCCUGUGCAGUAUUCCCGCCACGGAGGCGGACAAGAAAUUCUUCUGGGAUCGCCGUCUUUUCGUGCGAAAGAUACCACAUCUUCUACCGAAAGUUCUGCUUUCCCGCGACACAUGGUCUUGGAUUUACCUUAAGGACAUCUACGCUAUCCUCCGAGAAUGGGUUCCGUCGUCGUACAUCUCGGCGCUCACACUGCUCCUACCACAAUUUCCUGAUAGCGAAGUUCGUCGAGUCGCAGUCAGCUGGAUAAAGUACGUGGGCUCGGACGAGCUGUGUGAUCAUCUUCCGCAGCUGGUCCAGGCUCUUCGCUUCGAGGCCUGGGAGGAUUCGCCAGUCACCUGGUUCCUUCUUGAGAGGGCGCUCACGUCCACGAGAGUGGCUCACCAGAUGUACUGGUUGCUCAGGCAAAACGAAGCAAACGUUUUGAGCAAGCGCCGGGUCCGCAUGAUGAUGGCCGCCUUGCGAAUCAUAGCUGGUAGUGCAUUUAGCAAUCUAAUUAAGGCCCAGGACAGACUGUUGAGGGGUCUUCGAUGUUCGGCAGAUAUGCUGAAAAAAUCGCGGGAAAACGACAGGAUCAGCAGUCUGAUGAGCAGUAUACGGGUUGUCAACGAGGAACUCGAGGAGGAGGGCGGGACGCUCUGUCUACCCCUGAACCCCUGCCUCGAAGUCGCGGGCAUCGAUGUGAAGAACUGUUCCUACUUCACGUCGAACACCCUGCCCCUGAAAGUGUGCUUCCGCAAUAUGGACCCGACGUCAGAAGCGCAUGAGGUCAUCUUCAAAGUUGGCGACGAUCUCCGUCAGGACAUGCUUGUCCUGCAGAUGAUUCGGAUCAUGGACAAACUGUGGCUGAAAGAAGGUUUAGACCUGCGAAUCAUUACGUUCGAGUGCGUUGCCACGGGUAAAAACGAGGGCAUGGUCGAGGUGGUGUCAGAGGCGGAAACCCUGCGGAAGAUCCAAACCGAAUACGGUCUCACCGGAUCGUUCCGUGACAAACCCAUCGCCGAAUGGCUGAAAAAACACAACGGGAGCGAAGUCGAAUACCAACGGGCGGUCGAAAACUUCAGUCUCAGCUGUGCCGGCUACUGCGUUGCGACCUACGUUCUGGGCAUCUGUGAUCGACACAACGACAACAUCAUGCUGAGACCAUCCGGCCACAUGUUUCAUAUUGAUUUCGGGAAAUUCCUAGGGGAUUCGCAAAUGUUUGGAAGCAUCAAACGAGACCGGGUGCCGUUCGUGCUCACCAGCGACAUGGUGUACGUCAUCAACGGCGGUGAUAAACCCUCGAAAAACUUUCAGGUCUUCGUAGAGAGAUGCUGCGAAGCGUUCAACGUCCUCCGAGCGAGCAGCAACGUGCUGAUAACGCUGUUCGGACUGAUGGUCUCGUCAGGCAUCCCCGGCCUGAACGAGGAUGCGGUGCAGUUUGUUCAAAAAGCUUUGAUGUUAGGGAAAACCCAGGCCGAGGCCUCGGUGGCCUUCACCCAGCUAGUCAGGGACGCAUCGAGCUCCAUGUCGACGCAGAUGAACUUCUUCAUUCACAACGUGGCGCAAAUGCGUUUCACGGGCGAUCACAACGACACGCCGACGCUGAACUUCGCCCCGAAAGUUCAUUCGAAAAAGACCGACGGCCGACUGUUGUACUACAAGAUAAUCGGCUCGCAGAAGAAGCAUAUUCCCGAGAAACAUUACGUCUUCGUAAUUCUGUUGAGACGUGAGAAGGACCUGGUCGACAAUCGAGUGUAUCGGACGCACGACGAAUUCAUGGAAUUGCACAACAAACUCAGCAGGAUGUUCCCGAAUGCACCGUUCCCACCACUGACCAAGGGAUCUCUGAUCGGACGGAGCAACACGGCGGACGUUGCGGAGAAACGCAAAGCAGAAUUGGUCAACUUUCUACGAGAGUUGCAAAACAUGGCAGAAGAGAUUGCGCAUUGCGAUCUCGUCUACACCUUCUUCCACCCACUCUACCGGGAUCAGGAGACCCUGGAGGAAGAGCAUCGGAUCCACAACGAUCUGCACAUAGCGGGUCCGAGCGGCCUCUACGACAAAGGCAACGCAGGUCGGAUAAAACUCGAUUUGACAUUCGCCAAUCAGCGAUUGUCGAUUAUGGUGAUGCACGCUGAGAACUUGCGGUGCGAUCGCAAGCCGGCUCCCGACGCCUACGUUAAGACCUAUCUGAUGCCCGAUCCGGAGAAACAGACCAAAAAGAAAACGAGGGUCGUCAACCGAAACAAGCAUCCAACCUUCAUGGCUCUCCUGUCAUAUCACUAUCCUUACGAGACGUUGCGAACUCGAUUCCUGGAAGUGUCCGUCUGGGAUCAUGACAGAGUACAGGGCAAUGAGAUGAUCGGCAGUGUUUAUAUUUUUCUGGACAAACUCGAUCUAAGUAAACCACAUAUCGAUUGGUUCACGCUAUCGGUGGCAGGCAGAGGCUUUUCGAGCUGA